ACUGAUGCACCUCUCUCCAUCUCUCUUUUGCUCUCUGAAACUCUCCCUCACUGUCACUUACAGAGAGAGAUCCAGAGAGGGCGAUGAAAGGCGAGGGAAAGCUGCAGAAGCACGUCAUUUGGAUACUCUGGAAGCACUGCAGAAAAGCGUUCCUUGGAUUUUUUCAUCAGAAUUGGAUGCAGGACUAAACACAACCCUUCAAAACUCACAUGAAAUGUUUCUCUUUGACUGAGGUCACAGGUUUGUGGCGCACAAGCAGGAGAACAGUCAACGUUUUGGAUCAAACACGACUCGUCAUUUUAGAUUUGAGGGACAAACGCUGCACCCAAGGCAAUUGCAGGUUACGGUGAAGUGAGAACACCCAGAGAUGGUUUGAAGAUUGUGAUUUGGUUGUGUGAGUUAUGUGCUCCUGUGGUCGACAAGUGAGGCAGAGCAUCCACAGACAUUCAGAGGUAUAUACAAAGUCUGAGAGGUGGUUGCUGACUGCACAGUGAGAAGAGGAGACAAGGAUCAUAAGGACUCAAACGACUGUGCCCUUCAUCUGAUCAGAUCUGAAAGGGAUUUAUUUUUCUCUACUGUGAAGAAGAAGUGAGGUCGCAUUUUCUUGAGCACAAAGAAGAAAUGAUAACUUUGUUUGUCACUGUAAUGCUAAUGCUGAAUAUCAACAAAACAGUUUUUUGAGGUACAGACAACUCUGAAAGACCAAUGAAGGAGUCAGAUCAAACCAAGGAUAACUCCCUGACAUGGGAUUUAGACCAGUCCUGGCAUUCAAUCCUCAAACCGGCAGCACGUCUUUGCCUCAACACCUUGGAUUUCUCAGACCUCUGGGAUGAGGAGGACAGUACAGAGGAUGAGGGAAGCAAUUCGAUCAAUGAAUCAUCGACAUGUCUCCAAGCCCCUCCAGCACCCCCUCCUCUUCCUCCUCCUCCUCCUCCUCUUGCCCCAGCUUUGCCCUCAGCCUCCCUUAAAGAUACGACCAUCAAAUGUCGCACCUUAAAGCUCCACUGGAGGGAACUGCAGAGUUUGGCUCCCCUGCCUAGGAUGACCCGCUUUGGGACUCAGACAAUUUGGGCUGGCCUUGAACCAGUCCAUUUGGAUACUAACCGACUGGAGUACCUGUUUGAGACUAAGGGCAGUAGCAACUGCUUUAAUGUGACUCCUGGGCGGCAGAAACAGCCAUCCAUCUCAGUGUUGGGGAUGAAGCGAAGUAACAUCAUAACCAUUGCACUGAGCAGCCUGCCCCCUCCCCGCCUCCUCCCCCCGGCUAUCUACAGCAUGGACAGCAGCGUGCUGGACAGAGAGGACAUUCAGCGGCUUCAAGCAUUAAUCCCAACAGAAGAGGAGCUAUGUCUGAUUAAGGACGCCAAGGCACAGAACUCCCACUCUCAUCUGGCCCAGGCCGAGCUCUGCCUCCUCACUUUAGGGGAAAUCUCUCACCUGACCUCCAGGCUUCAGCUGUGGGCCUUCGCUCUGGACUAUGACUCCUUAGAGAGGGAAAUUGCAGAGCCUCUCUUCCAUCUGAAGUUGGCCAUGGAACAGCUAGCAGCCAGCCACACCUUUAGAUGUAUUCUAGCAACAGUGUUAGCAAUCGGCAACUUUCUAAAUGGAUGUAAGGCCCGUGGUUUUGAACUGAGCUACCUGGGCAAGCUGUCCCAGGUGAGGGAUACACACUCCCGCCAGCCCCUCCUGCACCACGUCUGUGUGCUACUCCUGCAGCUCUACCCACAAUCCUCUGAUCUCUACUCCGACAUCAGUGCUGUUACUAAAGCUGGCAAGUGUGAUUACUCCUUAGUCCAGUCCAACCUUACUCAGCUAGAGGCCCUGUGCAAAGCAUCAUGGGAGCAGCUGAAAGCACUUGAUAAGGCUGAGGAAAAGAGGAAAGGAGGAAAGGCGGAGAAGUGGAGGGGUGGAGUAAGAGAUGACGCCCUGGCCCCAGAAGGUUCACUCCGUCACCGGCUGCCGAAGAUUUUAAAAGAGUACGAGGAGAGACUGAAGGUCCUCAGAGCUGUCCAUCGUCGGGUUAUCAACAGGUUCCACUCUUUCCUCUUAUUCCUAGGCUACUCCCGAGCUAUGGUGAGAGACACUAAAGCAGAGGACUUCUGCAAAACCAUCAGUAACUUUUCUCUGGAGUACAGGACCACACAGCAGGGCAUCCUGCUGCAGAGAGAGAGGGAACGACAGAAAAGCGAAGCAGAAAGCCCAAGCCCCAACACUCCUGUGGGCAGGAGGAGACGUCAACUAACUCCCACACAGGAGUGUGAGAGAAGUGAGGAGCAGUGUAAGCUGGAGGAGGUGCUGAGAACACCUGAGUCCGCCUUGAGGCUGGAUGCCACUCUGCCCCGAAACCGUAGGAGGAUGGCUGACAUCCAAGGUCCAUUCUCUCGGAAAUGGAAGUGGUGAGCCUGCUGAUAUACUUUUAAAACCCUUUCAAUCAGUGAAUCCCAAGUUUUGCACCACAGUGUUGUUUAGCAGUAUGGAAAUGGAUUGUUGCCAAAGAUGUUGUGUGCCAUUGAAUUUUCAAUUAUGUUUUUUGUUUAAAAGUAAAGAUGAAUUAAAAAUCUGUUUUGAUAUCAAA